AUGGCCCUCAGUUUGUCCCAGAUAAAAGCAGUCGUUGAAAGACGAAAGCUGCACAUGAAGCGGGAGGAGAAAAGUAAGAAGUGGGUGCUCAGCUUGGAGGAGAAGUCCGAGUAUCGGUUUUCUGCUCUCGGCGCAGGAACUGGUAAACAUGUCUUUCGAGUCCACGACGGUACAUCGGACCUAAACUGGGUCUUCUGUUUCGCAACGUUCCCCGGUAAUAAAAAUACGGAACAAGAUAUAAAGGCAGAGAUGGAAAUCUUGCUGCGAUUGGGCAAAGAGGACGUGGUCGUGCCAAGCCCUUUCCGAAAGGGGGAGGAGGGCAUGGCAGGUUUUGUUGAGUUUAAACUGGACAACCCGGACGCGGAUUUCAACGGUACUACCUAUGGUUUCUUCCUAGAAUACCUCGACCUCGACAAACGUUAUGUUGAAAUGGUGAAGAAGGGUGCCGAUAAGAACGCACGAGGAAAAUGGUUGCAACAGACGAUCGAUGCGAACAUGAUCUCCAAGCAGAACAUAAAUACCACGAAACGGUCUUUUCAAAAAAUUCGAAGCGCGUGGCUCACUAAACAAUGGGGAGAUUUUCAGACGGUCUAUGAUCGAACAACAGGCGCGCUGAUGGUUAUAGAUCCAAACAAUGACACUACGUCUAAGGACGUUACUGAGUUCAUCCUCGAACAAUGGAAGAUUUAUCUCGACACAGUAGGGGAAGUUAGCUUAUAA